AUGGCGAAUAUCAGACCAAUUAGUCCGUCUAAGCCUCCCGAACGUUUGUUAAAUCGACGACCAACUCGUGCAUCUACUGCAUCUACACCUCGUUCUCAAAGAAAGGUGACUAUUUCGAAAACAAUUCCAAUUCCAGUACCGCCAAUUAAACGUGUGCAUUCGUCACGCAUGCCUACUAAAAAAGGUUCGGUUCCAUCCAUAAACCCGUCUAUACGUAUGAAUUCAUGUGCAACUAUCGCAACUAAAUCAGAUUAUGAUGAAUUAACAAAUAAAAUGGCUUCUACAGCAAUUACUGAAUUACCUGCUAUUAGACGAACUUCAAAAUAUACAGAUACAAACAUAGCCAUAGCAAAUAAUCCUACUGCAGAAAAUAAUUCAGAUAAAAUAAUUCCUACUCAUCCAACUCAACAGCCACAAAAUGAUAAUGCUAUCGAGAGUGAAAACAAUGAAAGGUCCUCGUCAUCAUCUGCUUCAUCUACAACAUCAGAAUCAUUGUUACCACCACAACCUCCACCGGUAGCACCAAGACAAUUUUCUUUAAAAGAUGCUCAAUUAACAAUUGAAUCAUUUGAUAUUAUUCGAACAGUUGGCACUGGAACAUUUGGUAGAGUACAACUCGUUCAUCAUCGUGGUACCAAUACGUAUUAUGCUCUGAAAGCGAUGUCUAUUAAAAAGAUUGUUGAAUCAAAACAAGUCGAACAUGUACAAAGCGAAAAAGAUAUUCUAUUACGAAUUGAUCAUCCAUUUCUCGUACGUUUACAAUGGACAGGACAUACCAAUUCUCUAUUGUAUCUUCUACUGGAAUAUUUACCAGGUGGUGAACUUUUUCAAGUGAUGCGUAAACAUGAAAAAUUUGAUGCUAAAACAGCUAUAUUUUAUGCCAGUGAAGUUUUACUUGCCUUGGAUUAUUUACAUCAUUUAGAUAUACUUUACCGAGAUUUAAAACCGGAAAAUAUUAUAUUGGAUACUGAAGGUCACGUUCGUCUAGUUGACUUUGGUUUUGCUAAAAAAACUAAAGAACGAACAUUUACACUUUGCGGUACUGUUGAUUAUCUCGCACCUGAAGUCAUUCAAAAUCGUGGUCAUCAUAAAGCAUCUGAUUGGUGGGCCCUUGGCGUUCUAAUAUUUGAAAUGCUGGCAGGUUAUCCACCAUUUUAUGAUAAUGAUCAAUUCGGUACAUAUAAAAAGAUUCUUUCUGGUAGAAUAGAUUUUCCUCGUCACUUUGAUUAUGCUGCUAAACAAUUGCUUCGUAAAAUUCUUAAUACGGAUCAAUCUCAACGACUUGGUGCAGCUAAAAAUGGUGGUGAUGAAAUAAAACGGGAACAAUGGUUUGUUAGCGUAUCAUGGAGCGAUGUUUAUGAGCGAAAAGUUGAACCUCCUAUAAAACCAAAGAUUACAUCACCAUAUGACACAACAAACUUCGAUGCAUACGAAGAAUUAGACAUCAAACAGAUACCAGCAGCGCCAAGAUAUGAGGUACAACUAUUCAAAGAUUUUUAA